CACAAGUUAACUUCCUGGCGAUUGUUAACUAACUAAAAGGUUAACUUGCGAUUGAAAAACCGGGCCUAUGUCUGCUGCAAUGUCAUCGAUUCUACGCUUGACACAUGGUUUUAUUAAUUCUUCACCGAUAGUAUGUGGCUUCUUUUGCUUUGCUAUCGUAAAAGGUAUUUCAAAUGAAACUUUGAGAAGCUGCGAUACAACUGUGUGGUAAUUUCCCCAUUUUUCCAGUAUCAUGCGCUUGAGUGAUGCUGCUUUAGAAGAAAAAUAC